UUUCGUGGGAGCUGGUAUGUAGUGUAAAUACCGUAAAAGAAACCCCCAUAUUUUUGAUCGAUCGGUCGAAUUACUGUGGAGUUACUAGCUGCAACGGGCUAGGGUCUACAAGUGUGGGGAAAUGUGUUUUCAUUCCGAUUCUGGUCGAGUAUUUUCCACUGCGGUAACAGCGGCCGCGGCUUCCUGCGUGUCGUCGCGUUGCAUCCUUCCAUCGUCCGUGCUGGAUGGAUGGACGUGGGUGGAUGUGGGCAGCAGCUAACUAGUGGGCACCGGGCAGUGGGCACCGGGCAGUGGGUUAUGUAACUCCGACUUCCUCCAUGCUCUAGUUGCAAUGUGGACGCCAUCCCGGCGUGGAGCAUGCGUGUCGCUCUCUUCGUCUUCAUCAUACGUAGGAAUCCCUUCUUUUCGCGACAACAGCCGGUUCGAGAAGUGUGGUGGGCGCGGGGGCGGCGGGGAGAGGGGCGGGAAGGGCAGCUUCAGACAGACGGACGGACAGAUGGCAAAGGGAAGGGAAGGGAAGGGAAGGGAAGGGAAGGGAAGGGAAGGGGAGGGAAGGGAAGGGGAGGGAAGGGAAGGGGAGGGAAGGGAAGGGAAGGGAAGGGAAGUGACGGGACGGGGAGAUACCCAGCUACCCAUCGCAUUGUUGAUAUUCGCCUCUCGGAUGACUGUCAGCUCGACUCUCAAGACUCGAAGUCCUUGUUUCUCCUCUCACACACGGAGUUGCGAGUUGCGAGCUGGCUGGUUGGCUGGCUUGAUGGGAUGGGAGGGAUGGGCACGGGAUGGGCACGGGAUAUUCCGUCCGGCGGAAACGCCGGGGGCUUUUUUGUUUCUGUCUGCCAUCUCUGGGCGACGGCUCGGGAGACGGUGGGUGUGGGUGGACUGCACCCUGGAGGGUUAGGCAAGUAUGAUAUGUACUAUGGUUAUCUGCUCAAUGUACAUACAUGCGUAGCGAGUCGAUGGUGGGUUGGGAUCAAGACUGGACGACAGUGGAGACAUGUUUUGCGGCUUCCUUCAAAGAGGCGUCUGACGGUGCAGUUUCGACGGGGUUGUGGGUGUCGUUUAGGAGACAAUCGUUUGUGCAUAGCUUCUUUGGUGGACGCAGUGUACCGGUACCGGUAACUGCCUAUCUUACGAUCUGCACUUUACAUGUGGUAGUGGUGGUGGUGGUGGUGGUGGUACACAACUAUCUUACGAUCAAUACCUACAUGUGGAUUCGACGGUGGUGGUGGUGAUGGUGGUGCAAAUGACGAGGAGGGGUUCUCUGGUCGCUGAGCACUGAGCAAUGAGCACUCUGGAUUCACUAUUCACCUUUCGCAGCAGUUCUGCCUCCAAGUUCCCCCCCCCC